UACAGUUUAAUAAUUGGUUGAGAGAAAUACAUUUUCGACUUUUUGUUGAUUUUGUUUUCUAUGGUCCAUAAUCAGUCAUAUUGAUGGCCAUUGCGUGUUGAGGUGUCGGAGGAGGUGGUGGAGUUCAUGACGAGUGCACUGUGUCACAUCAUGGCAGUGACGAGAGGGGGGAGGGGAGUGGAUGUGGUGGAGGAGUUGAAGAAACUAGCAGGGCCAGAGGACCCCCUCAAGGCCAAACAGUCCAGUCCCGACAGCAUCAGGGCCAUCUAUGGCACAGACAGCACCCUCAACGCAGUACACGUCAGCAAGACUAUCAAGAAGGCAGACAAGGAGGUGAAGCACUUCUUCCCCAGACUGAAGAGACCCCUGGAGAGUGAGGUGCGGCUGGGGGAGUUGGAGAAGACAGUGGUGUUGAUCAGACCAGACGCCUACAAGCAGUUCGGCCAGCAGAUCCUGUCUGCCCUGGAGGGGGAGCACAAGUUCGUGGUGGAGAUGAGGAAGGAGGUGCGGAUGGGGGAGGGGCAGGUGGCGGAGUUCUACAAGGACAAAAAGAAGGAAAUAUACUACAAGAGUCUGGUGGAGACCAUGGUCAAGGGUCCUAGUCUGGUGUGUGGUCUGGCGAGGGAGAAUGCGGUGGAGCAUCUGAGACGCAUCCUGGGUCCCUUCAUCCAGUCGAAGGCCAAGAGUGAGCAGCCGGACAGUCUCAGAUCUAGAUUCGCAGUGGACCAUAACACUGGUAACAGUCUGCACGCACCCCUGGAUGCGAAGAGGGCCCAGUGGGAGUUGAACCACUUCUUCCCCGUGGAACACACCAUGGUCAUCAUCAAACCCAACAGAACUGCCAGGGCACAGAAAAGUACAUAG